GUCCAGUGGCGGCUGGUUCAUUCGCCAUCUGAUGCCGGCCUACGGUGACCGUUAUGCUGUGACCUGCUUCGAUAGUCUCGACUACUGCGCCUCAAGAAAUAAUUUCAAGGCUGUCGCGCAGUCGGCGACUUUUCAUUUUGUCAAAGGAGAUAUCUGCGCUCCAAAGGAUGUAGGAAGUGUGCUCCGCAGCUACCAUAUUGAUUCUAUUAUCCAUUUCGCUGCUAGGUCCCAUGUCGACACAUCACUCAACGACCCUCUGUCUUUUACGCGAACCAAUGUCAUAGGUACCCAGGUGCUGCUAGGGAUCGCUCGAAAACUAGGCUCGAGUAAACGAUUCAUCCACGUGUCCACCGAUGAGGUAUACGGCGAGAACGAUACUCAACGCCCUUUGGCCUUCACCAAGGAGCAAAGCCUACACCCCACAAGCCCAUACUCAGCCAGCAAGGCCGCGGCCGAGAUGAUCGUCCAGGCAUAUCGAAAGUCGUCUCGCAUGCCAGCCAUUAUUGUGCGAUGUAAUACUGUGUUUGGGCCACAUCAAUUCCCUGAAAGUAGGUCUCCUCCGACGCUAUUACUAGCGAGUGACCCUUUAAUCAAAGCCCGAUUUAGAGCUUAUCCCGCGCUUCAUCACUCUCUUGAACCAAAGGAGAAAAAUGCCGAUCCAUGGAGAUGGUCACACAUCUCGGCAUUUCUAUGGGCGGGUGAUGCUGUAGAGGCGCUCGAUGUGAUCUUCCACAGGGGGCCUGACGGCGAGACGCACAAUAUCUCCUCCAACGACCACUUACAGGUUGGAGAGGUGGCGGAGAAAAUAUUUCGAUGCUUCCAUCCCGAUGGGACCCAUGAGCUCGACGACUGGAUUGAGUAUGUUCUGGAUCGCCCGUUCAAUGAUAGUAUGUACUGGACCGACGACUCCAAGCUGCGUGCGUUUGGAUGGAAACAGCGGACGAAUUUUGACGAGGUACUACAGGUGACUGUCGACUGGUAUUGUCGGGAGAGCGAGGGCUUUUGGCCAAAUUGUGAUGGUUCGGCGAGUACCGUCGCCCUUGAUGGCGAUAUUGUUAUUGCUGAAGGCGACCGUAUUCGAGCUGUAUAAACAUAUUCAUGUGCACCGCCUGGAUAAUGGAGAUAAUCGCAUUGUUUAUAUCAUUUCGUCAGCUAUAAAUAUCUUGAAUACUUGUUAUGGUUCCCGUGAAAUGAAAUUUAUGCGGGCGGGGGCAUAUAUGUGUAAAGUCCAUAUAAUAUACGCUAUGGCAUUUCCCAAGAGACUGGUUAUUAUGGGUCUAGGAAACCAACACAUGGCUGGCCGAUCUGGGGCGGCUUUGAUAUAAUAUAUCUUAAUAUAAUAAAACCCCUGCUAUCAAGUGGAGGAAGCGUUAGACAAGGCCCAUGCUGACUCGCUUUCUGCACCAGCAGCGAUCUUGGACCCUGCAUACUCAAUUCUUUAGCUCAGGACCGUCUCCCAUUCAUACUGGUGUUUUUCACGCAGCAUAUGCAUAUACCCCCU